AUGACUACCCAAAACGUGCUUCGUCUCACUGCUAUGGGCUCCUGGGAGAACCUUGCCAACUUCAAAGAGCCUGUCCCUUCAGCUGGCGAGCACGAAGUACUGAUUGCAGUCAAAAGCGUGUCCCUCAACUUCCGCGACAUCGUCAUCGCAAGGGGUAAAUACCCAUUCCAGGUCAAGGACCAGGUCGUUCCUGGCUCGGAUGCAGCCGGCGACAUUGUCGAGGUAGGCAAGGGAGUGACCGAGUUCGAGCGUGGCGACAAAGUCAUUAUCUCCUUUGACAUUGCCACACUGUACGGACCGAUCAAGAAUUGGGGCAACGGCUUGGGUGGUCCCAUUGAUGGUGUUUUGAGGGAAUACAUCGCAGUUCCUGCAAAUGCAGUUGUGAAGGUUCCCGCAGAGUCCACGCUCAGCUAUGCGCAGUGGGCCAGUGUGGUCUGCACAGGCACAACCGCCUGGAACUCGUUGUAUGGAAACAUCCCCUUGAAGCCGGGACAAACAGUUCUGUUACAGGGCACGGGUGGUGUUUCUAUCACCGGUCUGAUGCUAGCGAAGGCUGCAGGUGCCAAGACUAUCAUCACUUCUUCUUCCGACGAGAAGCUCCAGCACGUCAAGUCCAAGUAUGGUGCUGACUACACGAUCAAUUAUAAGACAACACCAGAUUGGGCAGCUGAGGUGCAAAAGAUCACCGGCGGACGGGGUGUCGACUUCAUUUUGGAGAACGGUGGCUCGGGAACUAUCAAGCAGUCCCUUGAAGCUAUCGCUUUCGGUGGUGUAGUUGCAAUCAUUGGGUUCCUGUCUGCUGCGAAGCAAGAGGAAAUGCCUGAUGUAGCUCAUUUUGCCUUGGCGAAGGGAGCUGUGGUCCGUGGCAUCAUGGUCGGCUCGAAACAGCAAUUGGAGGAUGUAGCUCAGUUCAUUGGCGCGCACAACCUUCCUGUGCCGGUGGAAAAGACAUUCAAGUUCGGUCGUGAUGAGGUGGUUGAGGCAUUGAACUAUCUUGCUAGUGGCCAGCACAUCGGCAAAGUCUGCAUUGACUUUUAG